GAUAAAACAAAUUGCCUUCUGUUGGUUAUAUUAAGAUCCAUUCGUCAUUCUGUGUAUUCUUUUCAAUAUAAAUAUGAUUUGUGCGUUUACCAAUAUUGCAAUUUUGUAGUGAUAUGAUUUUCCAUAUAUAUAUUUUAUUUCUAUUAUUUAUAUGAGAUCAAAAGUGGAUUAACAGUAAGAAGGGAUGAUGCCUAUUAAGUAUUACAGUUCAGUCACAGCAGUAUUCAUUUUACAGAUAAUAUGCUCAGGAAAAAUAUCUACCACGGCGUCAACGACUGGUUUAGCUGAAGAAACAGCAGAUCCAACAACCUUGAUCUCCGAUCCUCCUGCAUCCUACUCCUCUAAUUCCAGUACAUCAUUGAAAACUGUUCCUACAUCUCAUACAUAUUUAUCAUCAACCGAGGUAAUUGGAAAGGAAGGAUAUGGAACGUUAGAUUUACUAUCAACACAAAAAAACAAUAAAAGUGAUACAACAUUGUCUACAAAAUUAUUGGACUUACUAAGCGAUAGUUCAACUACCAACACACUGAUAUCAGAUGCUGCUACAGAUACAAAGUCAACAUCUAAAAUUGGUGGAACAAUUUUAAAAACAAACUCUGUGACAGAUGCGUACUCAGAAUUUGGAUAUACAGCUAAAGUUUUUACUGGCACUUCAUCUGUCAGUGGUUCGAAGACUAGUUCUACAAAGGAACUAAUCACAGAUGCUGUACAUAUCAGCACAAAAGCUCUAACAAAUCUCAAUACAAAUAUAAGCACUACAUCCAAGCAAAUAGUUACAUCUACAGCAGAAAAAAACAAUGUUACUCCGGCAUCUAUCGGUGACAAUACCAAUGUUCUUUAUAAUGAUUUGUCAACUAUAAAAACGGUAAUAGUAACACCAGAGAAAACUUCUACACUUUCUCCAACAAUCAUACAAGAAAAGAUUACUCACCAAACCACCAUUUCAAUUGAUAUGGUGUCAAACAAAACUGAAAAGAAUACAACACAAACCGAAACUCCUUUUUAUGCAUUCAAAACAUCUGCGGAUGAGGCAAAAACACAGACAGCACAAGACAAUAAAACAACUCAAAGUAUAAGGCAGAUCGGUACUACAACUGACACAGACAAAAUAGAGGACAAACAAACGACUACUGAAAUUAUCUAUAUAAAUAAUUCACCAAAAAAACAAGCUACCACGCAACUCUCGAGUACAGUUAAUGACAUGUCAGUUACAUUCGGAGAUACAAAAGCUCAUACCGCCACUUCAUCUGAUCCAAACACAUCUAAAGCAGUUCAAACAACAACACAGGCUGCAACAACAAAAAACACAACAGAUGCAUCAAUAACAAGCUCAAACAAUAUCGUAUACGUAUCAGCAAAAGAACAACAUUUGUUCACUACAAUUAUCAAGGUAACAUCUCCUGUAGAACAAACAGCAACAAAGGCCUCUUCUGCUGCCGAAGCAGUUACCACCACUUCGGAUGCAUCAAAACUCCUAACAGAGCAAAGCACAAAUCAUGCCACUACUUCUUCAAGUGGUAUAAUAGCAACUACUUCAAAACUAACUACAAAGCAGACCCCCACUUCUGGUUUGAUAACAACCAAAGGGGAUACAACUACUAGCACUAUAAAUGGUGCUGCAACGACAAAAAUGGAAACUUUAUAUGAUUCCAAAAGAUUCACAUCAAAGCAAGAUAUAAAGCAAACUAUGUCUUCAAAUGAUUCAAACAAUACUACAACAAAUAACACUACAAAAUCAAAUCAAGGUGCAACCCAGACUUCCACUAGAAUGUUUCCUGUAGCACCUUUUGAAUCAACAACAGAUAAGGUUUUAUUAACGGAUAACAGUAGUGUUGAAUGCAUAUCGAUGGAAAACAGGACUUUAUCUGCAAGUGAAAUUAUUACUUCAACUAUGAAACAAUCUGAUUUCGAAGCUGAAGCAAAGUCAACCGCCAAAUCAGAUAGAGAACAAAUCACCACAGACAAGACGGAACAUAAAUCAACGAUAACAUUUGAAGCGAAAUCGUCAGAGCGAAGCACAUUACAAGGAUAUCCUACGGCUACAAGAGAGGAUGUCACGUUAGCAUUUGACUCGCCUGUAACUUCUUUUAUAACAACAAAAACAAAUGAUGUUUCAACAUAUUCUUCAACCACAGAAUAUCAACAAGAAAUUGCUUCAGCAGAAAUAACAAAAAACGAAUUACAGAGUAUAUCAACGGUUAUGACAACAACAGAAGAUGUCUCUUCUUCUAUAGGUCAUUCUGCAAAAAAACAAUCACAGAACUUGCAUUCUACUGAAAAAACUAUUUUAAUUUCGACAGAAAGCACAACUUCCAAAACCAUAUCAUUUAAAGACCAAGACGCUACCACACAAACCAAAACCACAAGUGCACCAGAAAGAACAUCAUUUGAAACAAACCAAGAAAGCACAAUAACUGCUGAACAAUCAAAUACCAUGAGCACUUUAUCUAAAGCUAAGUUAGACAUAACUUCAGCUCUGAUUCAAGCAACUUUUAGUACGAUAUCAGAUGAACAAUAUGGUCGUUCGUUUUUAAAUCAAACUUCAACAUCGGAUAGGCAAUCAAUUACUCCAUCGUUAUUUCAGACAACUAUAAGGACCAACUCCAAAUCUGACACGCCUAUUUCAGAUAAGCAAUCAAUAACUUCUGAAACGGUGACAAAUAACAAUAAUACAUCUGACACACAAACACACACUACUGUUUCCAUAGACCAAACAAGUAAUGGUACAUCCUCGUUACAGCCUGACAGUAGUCCACGCUUUACGAAAGCACGUGAGACAACAAUAUUCAAGUCACUGUCAAACAGCUUCACAACCAGGGAUCCAACAAGUGACAGUUCGACAUCCGACAAACAGUCAAAUAGUACGCAACGUUUUGGUAUAACCUCCAGUUUACAAUUUGAUACUACAACAACUAUGAGUGAAGCCGUUGAUACUAUGACAACCUUGAUACAAUCUGGUAGAAGUACAACUAUAGGGCAGAUGAGUAUUGCGACGUCAUCCUCAGUAGAAAAAAGCAGUGCUCCAUUGAUGAUUAAAACAAGUGACAGAACAAUGUUACAGACACAAUAUUACAGUAAAUCAACAAAGAUUCAAACAGAAGAUACUACAGCUAUUCUUCAAAGAAGUCGGAGUACCCCACCUGAGGUAACGUCUACAGGAUCACCCUCUGAAACUCAAACAAGUUACAGUAACCCGUCAAACCCGUCAACAGAAGUAUCGUAUACAGCUGAUAGCACGACAGGAAAUACACAAUACAUGGUCACAUCUGUUUACAGUACUCCCCUCGAGGUUCAGUCUCAAGUUUCUACAAAGGAAACUCAAACAACUCAUCAUUUUGAUAAAAGUUCAACAAAAUCUCAAUCUUCCGACUCUAUAACUUUAAGUAAAACAAGUGACAGUACAUCAUCACAAACAAAAUAUGACAAUAACUCAACAAUGAUCCACACAGAAGGUACUACAGCUCUUUUUAAAGUAAGAGAGAGUACUCCACCAGACAUUCAGUCUCCAGUUUCUACAAAGGAAACGCAAACAACUAAUCAUUUUGAUAAUAGUUCUCCGAAAUCUCAAUCUUCCAAUGCUAUAUUUCUAGGUGGAACAAGUGGUGGUACAUUAUCACAGACGAAGUAUCACACUAAAUCAGCGAUGAUUCAAACGGAAGGUACAACAUCUCUACUUCCAAUUAGUGGGCGUAGUUCACCAAAGAUUCAAUCUAAAAGUUCCACAACGGAAACUCAAACAAUUGAUAGUAGUUCACAGAAAUCGCAAUCUUCAAACGCUGUAAGCAUUAAAACGAUAAGCAAGAGUACAUUACCACAGACACAAUUUGAAGGUAAAUCAACGAUUAUUCAAACAGAAGGAACCAUCACUCUAUUUCAAAUAAGUGACAGUACACCUCCUAGUUAUACAUCUGCAGAUUCAACAUUGGAAACUCGGACAUCUGAUAGUGUUUCACAAAAAUAUCAAUAUUCUAACGCUAUGACUUUAAAUAAAAUAAGUGACAGUACAUUACCACAGGCACAAUUUGACGGUACAUCAACGAUUAAUCAAACAGAAGGAACCAUAACUCUACUUCAAAUAAGUGGGAAUACUCCAUCCGAGGUUACGUCUACAGUUUCAACAUUGGAAACGCAAACAAUGAAUAGUAACACGUCAUCAGAAGUAUAUUAUACAGCUGAUAGUAAGACUGGAAAGACACAGUUCAUGGGCACAUCUAUAUCAAUUGACACUACAAAACAAAACACACAGUCUAAUUUAAAGGCGGUUUCGUCGAUUGAGAAUACAUACAUGUAUGGUAAUACUAUAUCAGUACAACAACCAACUGACAGCACGCCUACAGUUGAUAAUACACCAGUAACCCAAUCAAAUGAUUCUGUAUUAUCUGAAAUAUAUGGCAAGUCUACAACGAUCUUACGCGCAGCUGACAACACUGCACAGUCUGAAAGAAUAACGGCAAUAGAUCAUACAACUGAAAGUUUCAUAUCAAUAUCAAAUUCCCAGAGCAACACUCUUGGUAAUAAGAAAGAGUAUACAACAACAAUACGAACUUUAAACUAUAGUUCACCAUCACUGGCUCCACAAUUUCAAGAAACAAAUAGGACACCGGAUAUACCAUUGAAUUAUGUUACAAAUGUGAUCCAGACAAGUGGAAGAACAACAUCUCAACCAGAAUUGGAUACAACAACAGUUUUGAAUACUGGAAAUAAAAUAUCAGUUACCAAAUAUGCUAAAAAUACGACCGAAACCUUAACAACUGAAAAUAUGACAUCAGCAACACUGUCUUAUAGACAAAAUACUCUCCAAACAAUAACUCAAUCACCAACAGAUAUCACUGACAUACAAAAAAAUCCAUUACAUCGUGAGACAACAAUCCUGAAUCAACCUGAUACAACACCUUAUAGUCCUGACGUUACAACAGAAUUUCUGUACUCAACGACAACACAAAAGGUGGAUCAUUGUAACAGCUUUCCAUGUGCUGAUGGUGGGAUUUGUACUUCUCUUUCGAGUACUGAUUCCGUUUGUCAGUGUAACUCAUCCAAGUGUGGAACAUAUGCAGAAAACCCUUGUGACAAUAUGGAAAAUCCACCUUGUGUUUCCGAUGGUGUGGUCCAUACAUGUCUUUUAAAGACGGAUGGUAACUUCACAUGUGUCUGUCAAAAGGGUUAUACGAACGAAGGGGUCUACUGUAUAGAUAUUGACGAAUGUUCAGCGAAUAAUUAUACUUGUGAUGUCACAUAUGGAGUAUGUAAUAACACAGUAGGAUCUUAUAUAUGCUCCUGUUCUGAUGGUUUUGUGCUCGGUCCUGGAAAUACAUGCACAGAUCGUGAUGGCAAAUGGUCUGACUGGGAAUCAUGGUCUGCAUGUACAUUCACUUGUGGAGCCGGACUUCAAACAAGAACACGUACUUGUAGUAGUCCAUCACAAGCAGGAUUUGGAGAUAAUUGUACUUUAGGACAUAGUUUAGGAACGCAGACGUGCAAUAAUGUUUUAUGUCCAGCAACACUUGAUGAACAGACUUAUGGUGUAACUAUUUACCUUGAAGGUUUAACUAAAGAUCAGCUGAAUAGUGUGGAAACUCCAUUUAAACAACUGGUUGCAGACAUUGUCAAUACAUACUGUAAUUAUAAUGCAUCAAAUGUCCAACAGUGUUGCCAGACAAGUAGCAGUUAUUCGUCUAAUCCAAGUAAUCCUGUAACCUUUACUACCAGCAAUAACAUAGCAUUCGGUAGUGGAACUCCACUGGAGAUCAAUAAUCUUCUGGCAGUGAUGAUAGUUAUUAAAUACGAAUCUAACAAUGCCUUGUGUAGAGCAGCGCUUGCUUCUGUUGGACGAAGAAGAAGAUCUGUAAUACUUGGCGAGCUAGAGCUAGCACUACCUCAAGAUAUAUUUGAACAAAUCAUAGCAAACCCAGAUUUACAAGGUAACCUAACACAGUCAUUAGUGAACGCAAUUGAUGCACAGUUAGGUAUAAGCCUAAAUAUUACAGUCUCAGCAGUAACUCUUGUCACAACGACUACCACAGCUUCGUCCUCAACUCAGGGAAUUGUAGAGAGCAAUGAUACAGAGCCUUGGGUGAUAGGAGUGGCAGUAGUUGGAGCUUUUCUAAGUUUAAUUCUUAUUAUCUUAGGUUUAGCUCUUAUAUUCAGAUUGAAAAUGAAAACAAAAGUGGCACCAUUACAGGAAAGCAACAGAGAAGAAGAGGAUAUUAAUUAAUAUACCAGGGAUGUUUACGAUGUUUAUUUCCAGAGCUAAAUACGACUUUUUUGUAAAGCAUUAUCUCAUCUCAAUAGCUACACUUUUAGGACAUGGAGAUUGCUCAUCAGUUUUCCAGAUGAUUUAAGAUUUAUUUAAGAUUGAAGAUUGAAGUAUUCAUAUGUUUUGUAACAAUAAUUUGGUUUUUGGUCCAUCCACACCAAGAGGCACAGAGUCUUUGAUUUUACACACAGUUUUGAAUUUUAAAGCAGCCAAAGCAACUAAUUUAUAAUACGAGCAGACAUGAAUAUGUGCAUAGUUUAAAUACUGACUGACUUUAAAAACGCAACACUCAUUUUGUAGAUAUUUUUUUUACCAAAUCAUGUUUGAUCCUCAUACAACUAAUAUUCAUGCUUGUCAUACUUCUUUCUCUUUCGAUAUACCUGUCGUUAUUGAACAUACCGGAUUAUUGAGAUCGCAAGAAUUUCAGAAAGCGAAAUAACGAACCAAUUAAAUAUUUUUCAUUUUAUUUUCUUUGUGAAACAGUUCUUUCGAUCCUUGGCCACACUUAAAUCAGUUAAAAAAUGUUGCAUCUCCAUAUUGUCAAGACUUAGGAAUAAAAAAACGGAAUGAACCCAUUAGAAUACUGCAAGCAAGAAAACGUGAACGUGCUGCAACCAGACAAUGAUUUGACAUCAGAAACUCGUCUAACUGUCCUUCCAACAAUGAUACAGGAAGACGGGAUUUGUUGAAGACCAUCAAUGACCAGAUCAACAAGUAGUGACAAUGCAACGUCAAUAGAACUUGAUUAUGCAACGUUUUUUUGCGAGACAGGUAUAAGGCCGCAACGUCAAUUGCUAAUCAAAUUGUUGAAUGCCAUUUUUGUACAGAUUUAUGCCAUAAAUUUUUCCCAUUAAUUGAACUACCAGAAAAACAUUUAAAACCUUAAAGUUUCAACCGCAUAAUUGCCCCAAAAAAUGGAUGGAACAACGGCACAAUCAAAAGGUGCAAAACAGAACCCACAACGUGCCGAACAGAAUUGAUUGACCUUUCUAGCAAUAAUUUUGGCGUUUGUUACAUGCAGUCAUUGCUUUUGACGGUGACACGUUCAUUAGUAAGGGGAAACCCAGGGUUUUAAUAUAUACAACAAUAUUUGAAAAUUGAAAAUGACGUAAUCAAUUCAACUUUCGAACUGGCAUUUUUUGUUAAACAUUGAAGUAAUGAAAGAACUUUCUGUUCAUAAGUUUGUUUACAAAAAAAAUGCAUAUUUAAAAAAGGGAAUUACAAAGAAUAAACUAGUGUUGCGUUUCUAAAGUCGGUCAGUAUUUUUAUAUUAAUUUUACGAUCUAGACUAUUUAGUCGAUGCAUCUACACGUACACACUAGAUAAACAGUUAUUUUAAAUUAUUUACAAUUUUAUUACAGCAACCUUUUUUAUAAUUAAAGCAGAAAUCAAUUUCACAAUCAUCAGAUCAAAUAAAUUUACCAUUAGUUAAAUAGGUUUAACUAAACGUAAAUAGGAUGAGAUAUUUUUGAAUUAUAUCAUUUUUUUUUUACAGCAGUCGUUUUGCGUUAACAUAUUUUACUAUUAUAUAACAGAUUCACAACAAUUUAAAAAAGAAGAUGUGAUAUGAUUGCCAAUGAUACAACUCUCCACAAUUGACAAAAAUGACACAGAAAUUAACAACUAUAGGUCACCGUACGGCCUUCAACAAUGAGCAAAAUCCAUAUUUAUAUACAAAAAAAAUGAACGAAAAACAAAUAUGUAACACAUAAAUAACAACAGCCACUGAAUUACAGGCUCCUGACUUGGGACAGGCAGAUACAUAGAAAAUGUGCGGGGUUAAUUAUGUGAGCGGGAUCCCCACCCUCAUCCUAACCUGGGAUUGUUGUGUAACAGUACAAUAUAAGAAUGAACUAUAAAAUUCAUUUUAAAAUGGCUUAACUCAUCAGAUGGAUAAAAAUACAAAUACUAAAAAUACAAGUGGAUACAUGUUAUUGACUCGUUUAUCUUUUGUUUAUUUUCCAUGUGAAUGUUAAAGACCUCAUUUAAACAAAAUUGUAUAUACUAGUAUAUAAGGGACAGACACCCAGAACAAAUUUAUUUCAUGUAUAUGGGAAAUGCAUAAAAUGAAACUUUACACACAACUGCCUAUCUUAAGCGUAAAAAAAUCAAAACUGUUCCUCUCUGAUGAGUGUCUUCCUUAAGGUAGAUGGGGUGUCUAAAUUAUAAUCCAAAGAUUUUUUUUAAUAAUUUGCUAAAAUGUAGUUUAUAUAAUGCUUUAAAAAAAUGGGUCACGGGGCUUAUUUUCACGCUACACGCAGUUCAAAAUUGACAGAUUGUGUAUAGAUUAUGCAUGGAAAACCCAAUUUUCUGCAAUAAAGCGUAAACUACACCAUAGAAUUUCGAGAUAACAUAUGAGAAGAUAGCUUUAAUAGCAUGCUUUCAGUUAAGAAAAAGAAAAAAUGGGGUCACCGCACCCGUUUUCUUGCUACAUUAUAAAAUAGGUAAAUUCCUAACACAUUCUAUUGUAAAAUUACCUUAUUCUGAAUUAUCUGCCCUUGCAUUUGAGUUGCCUCCCCUUAAGUGGCAAAGUUGGAAAAAAAAUUAUUAAACAAAAGUUUUCUGUUUUUUGUAAAAUACAACCAUAAAUAUGAUAAAACGUGUCAUUUUCUAUAUUGAAAUGAAAGUUCUUACACCUGAAUUAUCUACUACUAAAAAAAUUUGCACAUUUUAUUAAAGAAAUAGACCUUGUUUUCUUGUAUUACCAAAUCCAAAAUGGAGGAAGACAACCUAUCUACCUUAAUAUGUGUAUUUUGUAUAUUAAAUGAAAUUCUAUGAGAAAGGAACGUUCAUUUAUAUAGUAGGAAGUAAAAGCUUUGCAUAAAAUAUGAAUUUAAGUCUUCAGAUUUUUUAAUUCGUUGUUAUUGCCUUUGAAAUAGCUGUCACUGACUUCGAGUACUGUCGGAUUAUUUUGUGUCUUUUUUGUUGUGUUGUUAGGGAUUAAAUACCCUGCCACGAUUUGAUUUUUUCUAUCGAUUUAUGAGUUUUGAACAUCGGUAUACUACUGUUGCCUUUAUUUAUGUCCAGUCCAAUAUUUUGGCACAUUUGAUCACUUUAUGGUAAAAGCAUGAAACUUUGCACAUUGUUAGAUAUGAUGCUAAAAAGCAUUGGUGGUUAUGGAGCCAUCUAAAAAAAAUCCAUAAUGGCCGCCAAACACAAAAUGGCCGCCAAUCGUCAAGAGACUUAUUCAAGAUAUUGGUAUAAUUAAUCACUCUACAGUAAAAGCAUACAAAUUUGAAAAGUGGUAGUUAUGAUGCUUAUAAACAUAUUUGGAAAUGGACCCAUCUUUAAAAAAUCCAAAAUGGCUGAAUCAGCCUGACCAAACAUUUUUUUUCCAAAGAAAGCAUUUACUUGGGUAAGGAUUUUCAUAAAUGUCCACAUAUACUAAAAUGUUCAUUAUUACCAUAACUUACACUGUAGAAGGUGUCAUGCCUUUACUUUUAAGAGGUCAAUUAUACCAAUGUAUUGGAAUUAGACACUUGACUUCUGGGCGGCUAUUUUAAAAUGCCGACCAUAAAGAAUUAAAAUGGCUUCAGAUUUAAAAGUGUUCAUUAGCAUCAUUACUAACAAUGUGCAAAGUUUCAUGUUUUACACCUAAGAGGUCGAUAUAUUGAACUUAUAAAGUCUUAUUAGCAAUAGUGCAUGUUUGAAUAAUUCGUAUUUCAUAAACAGGAAAUUUACAGAAAAGGGAACAUAAUCAUCAAUGAUAAUUUAUGUCAGCAAACAUGUGCUGACUACUUUAAUAGGGACAAAAUAUUCGUUCUAGUGGUUGUAAAAACACACCAAAGAUAGCAGGCUUAAUUUAAUAACGGUGAUGUAAGUUUCGUUCAAAAACAGUUGGUGUGACUAAAUCAAAUAAAAAAUUGAAAUAGCAUAAUGAACCGAAUUUCCCAAAAGUUAUGUCAAAUACGAAUAAGGUAAUA